AUGGCAGAUAAUCAACAAAAGGUCAACGUCGGUGUUGUCGGUUUUGGCAUGUCUUCUCGUGUCUUCCAUUGUCCUUUGAUUACAUCUUCUCCUUAUCUACAUUUGUCUGCUGUGGUUGAACGCCAUAGUGACAAGUCAAAGGAAAAGUAUCCCUGGAUCAAUGUCAAAAAGAGCACUGAUGAGCUCUUCGCUGACGACUCUAUUGAUUUGGUCGUAAUUACUACUCCAAACGGCUCACACUAUCCCUUAGCCCUCGAAGCUAUGAAGAAGGGAAAGCACGUGGUUGUUGAAAAGCCUUUCACUAUUACAUCAAAGGAAGCCGAAGAACUCGUCAAAGUUUCCAAGGAAACCAAACGUGUUUGCAGUGUGUACCAAAAUCGUCGAUGGGACGGUGACUUCCUUACUGUCAAGAAGUUAAUUGAAGGAGAACAAUUGGGUCGCCUCGUUGAGUAUGAAUCCCACUUUGACCGCUUCCGUAACUUUAUGAAACAAGGAUGGAGAGAACAAAAUGAUGCUCCUGGUUCCGGUAUGCUUUAUGAUUUGGGUGCUCACUUGAUCGAUCAAGCAUUGCAUCUAUUUGGCCUGCCUACUUCUGUUUAUGCCACUCUAAGUAAUCAGCGACAACUCAAGGAAACAAAUGUUAUUGACGAUUUCACAAUUAUUCUCAAUUAUGAACACAAGCAUUUGAAGGCUAUUUUACGUUCCAGCAUGUUAGCUCGACACGAUCCUAAAUUGCGUUUUCAUUUGAGAGGUAUGAAUGGUUCUUUCGUGAAGAACAAUUUGGAUGUGCAAGAAGACCAGUUGAAGAGUGGCAAAGUGCCUGCUGAUGAUGGAUUUGGCGUGGAAAGUGCCAGCAGCUAUGGUACCAUCAACAGUGACAUCAACGGUGUCCAUAUUGUUGGCCAAGUUACAACCGAAAAGGGUAGCUAUUUAAGUUAUUACAAUAAUGUGGCAGAAGCUAUCUUGAAAAACGAUCCCUCUCAUUUGGCAGUUAAGCCUGAAGAUGGUAUGAAUUGUAUACGUAUCAUUGAACUUGCUCAACAAAGUAAUGAUGAAGGACGCGUUAUUACCCUGUAA